CAUUCCCGCCGAGUGAAUCCUACAACUAUCAGGACUAUAUAACUCCGAUAUUUUUCUAGCUGCGACAUAUUAGACGGAGGUGCUCAUACAAGACGCGAGCUCCAAUCAAUUUCUUUCAAUAAAUCAUCUAAUUUGAAAGAAGUGAAAGGAACAAAUCAUGGCGAUUAUGCAAAAAUGCUGCUGUUUCUCAAACGUCAGGACAGGUUCUACUGCAUGCGGUGUCUACUCGUUGAUAAGUGCCUGCAUCUAUUUGGCAGUAUGGGCCUACAAUUUAGCUCAGGCUGUUACAGCAUUCCAAGGAGUAUCAGAUCCAGCAGUUGAUGGAAUCUACGCGGCAUACAGCAUUGACAUCAUCGUAGCCGUUUUCCUGAUCAUCGCGUCCAUUGUCCUCCUUGUAGGCGUGUCUAAGGAUAAUAAAGAGAUGCUGAUACCGUACAUGGUAGCUAUUAUUCUGCUCAUGGUUCUUCAAGCCAUCGCCUGGAUUAUAAUAUUCGCCUUGCUCGGGCUAGCAAGUAGUUUAUUGAUCGGAAAUCUCGUUGUCUGGCUGCUUUUCACAGGUCUCAACAUCACUUGUCUCCUCUGCGUCAUUUCGCAAUAUCAGGAGCUUCGAGACGGUCGUGGAAAAGCAAAUGAUGUGGCGUAAACAGAAACUCACGAUUUUGAAUUGUUUGUAGCUUUGUGACGAUAAUUAUUCAUUUAUGUAGCGCCAUCUAUCUAUUCACUGUAGGCAGUCGUUCUCGGCGAACGACCAUCAUGACCACUAUUAUUUUGUAUUUAGAACUUUAUUUUUUGUUUAUUUUUUAAAAUUCAAUUUAAUGAUUACAUUUGUACAGCAGUUCGUCCAUUUUUAAGUAUGAGGCCUUGCUGAAUGAUAUGAUGUAUCUAGAUACAAUAUGCGCUAAAUUCAUGACGGGAAUUCUUGAAUACUGUAAUCACAAAUUGCUGAAUAAAGCCCGUCUCAAGAAACUGAGAGACUUUCCGAUAUAAUAAAAACAAGUAAUUGUAACAAUGACAGAAUUGUAUACAUAGUUAAAAUGAAGAUAGCCAAUGCCAGUUGCAGUGUUUCAUUAUAAUCCAGAACAAUGUUCUCCAGUCUAAUUAUGUUCCUGGAAGCAUAAUUUAAAUGCAAAUAAGUUGUAUUUUCAUUUGAUAUAAUUUUGAUUGGCUAUACAUUUUAUCUCAUAUUAUAAAUAUGAAGGGGUAGUUUCAUUUUUUACACACCCAAUAUAAAUCUGUGAAAUAACGACAAAUAUUGAGUGUGCUUACAGAGACAGUAAGCAAACAUUAGUAGUUUUAUUUUUAUUUUUCUUAAUAUUUCAUGUCUUUGGUAUAAAGUAUAUUUUUAUCGAAGUAGGCAAAGAAUUUUUAUCAAAGUAGGCAAAGAACUGCCAAGUGUUUUUUUUUACUCACGUUUUUUUAAAAAUAAACUUUGGUAAAUGCUUUGUUUUAAACACAGUUUCGUAAUUAAAUUGUCGUUUUGGAAAAGUUGA